AUGGUCGAGUUUACGAAGAACACUGCACUUAAUGAUGCGCAGCUGUUCAAUGCAGACGAGAUGGCGAAAAUAGCUCUCACUUACCAAGGCCUAUUCCCUGGAAUAGAGUCUUUCAGAUACGGCUACAGAGUUAGGGAAGUGAAUCCAGAUCCAGUACAGUUCUUCACUAGUUUUAUUACGCAGUACCAAGAAAAGAUACUAAAGUUUCCCACUUUGGAUGCUGGUAAUGGAACUUUUGUGUUGCCUUUCGGCUGCAAUUGGAAUCGUGCAGAAGUCCACUGUGUUUUUGUGACCGAAAACUUCUUCAGUUUCGUGCUUCAGCUUGCGCAGCUUGGAAAUAGACCACUAAAGAAACCAAACGAGAUAUUUUCGUCAGAACUGCUCAAAUUAAUAGGCGAUUUAGCAUAA